AUGAGGGGAAAAACCUAUCAUUUCCACCUGAAAGUACAUCUCCAACUCCCCUCAGAGACAGAGAAGGCAUGUCCAACUCCCCUCACAGAGACAGAGAAGGCAUGUCCAACUCCCCUCAGAGACAGAGAAGGCAUGUCCAACUCCACUCAUAGAGACAGAAAAGGCAUGUCCAACUCCACUCACAGAGACAGAGAAGGCAUGUCCAACUCCCCUCACAGAGACAGAGACGGCAUGUCCAACUCCACUCACAGAGACAGAGAAGGCAUGUCCAACUCCACUCACAGAGACAGAGACGACAUGUCCAACUCCCCUCACAGAGACAGAGACGGCAUGUCCAACUCCCCUCAGAGACAGAGAAGGCAUGUCCAACUCCCCUCAGAGACAGAGAAGGCAUGUCCAACUCCCCUCACAGAGACAGAGAAGGCAUGUCCAACUCUCCUCACAGAGACAGAGAAGGCAUGUCCAACUCCCCUCACAGAGACAGAGAAGGCAUGUCCAACUCUCCUCAGAGACAGAGAAGGCAUGUCCAACUCCACUCAUAGAGACAGAAAAGGCAUGUCCAACUCCACUCACAGAGACAGAGAAGGCAUGUCCAACUCCCCUCACAGAGACAGAGACGGCAUGUCCAACUCUCCUCACAGAGACAGAGAAGGCAUGUCCAACUCCACUCACAGAGACAGAGAAGGCAUGUCCAACUCCACUCACAGAGACAGAGACGACAUGUCCAACUCCCCUCACAGAGACAGAGACGGCAUGUCCAACUCCCCUCAGAGACAGAGAAGGCAUGUCCAACUCCCCUCAGAGACAGAGAAGGCAUGUCCAACUCCCCUCACAGAGACAGAGAAGGCAUGUCCAACUCCACUCACAGAGACAGAGACGGCAUGUCCAACUCCCCUCACAGAGACAGAGACGGCAUGUCCAACUCCCCUCAGAGACAGAGAAGGCAUGUCCAACUCCCCUCACAGAGACAGAGACGGCAUGUCCAACUCCCCUCAGAGACAGAGAAGGCAUGUCCAACUCCACUCACAGAGACAGAGAAGGCAUGUCCAACUCCACUCACAGACACAGAGAGAAGGCAUGUCCAACUCUCCUCACAGAGACAGAGAAGGCAUGUCCAACCCUCCUCACAGAGACAGAGACGGCAUGUCCAACUCCACUCACAGAGAAGGCAUGUCCAACUCCCCUCACAGCGACAGAGAGAAGGCAUGUCCAACUCUCCUCACAGAGACAGAGAAGGCAUGUCCAACCCUCCUCACAGAGACAGAGACGGCAUGUCCAACUCCACUCACAGAGAAGGCAUGUCCAACUCCCCUCACAGCGACAGAGAGAAGGCAUGUCCAACUCCACUCACAGAGACAGAGACAGUAUGUCCAACUCCACUCACAGAGACAGAGAGAAGGCAUGUCCAACUCCACUCACAGAGACAGAGAAGGCAUGUCCAACUCCACUCACAGAGACAGAGACGGCAUGUCCAACUCCACUCAGAGACAGAGACGGCAUAUCCAACUCCACUCACAGAGACAGAAGGCAUGUCCAACUCCACUCACAGAGACAGUAUGUCCAACUCCACUCACAGAGACAGAGAGAAGGCAUGUCCAACUCCACUCACAGAGACAGUAUGUCCAACUCCACUCACAGAGACAGAGAGAAGGCAUGUCCAACUCCACUCACAGAGACAGAGACAGCAUGUCCAACUCCACUCAGAGACAGAGAAGGCAUGUCCAACUCCACUCACAGAGAAGAUAUAGUAUAGCAACUUAUCUAAGUAUAUUUGCUCUUCCCACGUGA